CGAGUCUUGGGGGGAGCGGUAAAGGGCACUGGCAGGGGAUGGGGCCCGUCUCCGCUCCUCGGCCGGGCCCCCCCUGCACCUCCCGCAGCUGGUAACCUGCCCAAGGUCACUGCUGGGCAGUGAGGCACAGGGGUCGGCCCAGCAGGGGACUCGAACCGCCACCUCUCCUUUUGGCCCGACACUUGGCUGUUAAGGCGCUGCAGGCAGCUCUGCGGCUCCCCGUCCCGCACCCAGACUCAGGUGUGCUGUCCAGGACUGGCACCUACCCCUAGCAUCCCGGAGCUGGCCUCUCGUUUUCCCCGCCUGGGUCCCUGAGGAGUGCCCUUGAGGAAGGUUUGCCAGGCCCACGCCUCCGCUGGGACACAGCUGCGGGCUCUUGGCCCGGGUGCCCAUGACACCUAUGCGAGCCGGUCCGGACACUGCCACCACCUCUGCUCCAGCACCGCCGCCGGCCCAAUGCCGGUCAUGCCCAUCCCGCGGCGGGUGCGCUCCUUCCAUGGCCCCCACACCCCCUGCCUGCACGCGGCCUGCGGGCCCGUGCGCGCCUCGCACCUGGCCCGCACCAAGUACAACAACUUCGACGUGUACGUGAAGACGCGCUGGCUGUACGGCUUCAUCCGCUUCCUGCUCUACUUCAGCUGCAGCCUGUUCACCGCGGCGCUCUGGGGCGCGCUGGCUGCCCUCUUCUGCCUGCAGUACCUGGGCGUGCGCGCCCUGCUGCGCUUCCAGCUCAAGCUGUCGCUGCUGCUGCUCCGCCGGCGCGUGGACUUCCGCCUGCUCAACGAGCUGCUGGUGUCGGGGAUCCACGUGACCGUGCUGCUGGUUGGCGGCCUGGGCUGGUGCUUCCUGGUCUUCGUGGACAUGUGAGACCUUUCCUGACGUCCACACAGGAGAGGUCCACAUCCACAGUGAGACCUGCGGGCCGCCCCCAGAAGAGAGUGAGGGGACGCUGGCCCUGUCCCUCUGGCUGGCGCCGGCUCCCACCCUGCCUGUGUUUGCAUUUAGGUGUGGCAUCCCCUGGGCCCGCCCCCCGCCUGUGGUUCCUGCUCACACUUACCCGGGCCGUGUUGUAGGCUGUCCUGUCUGCCGAGGCCGCGUUCAGAGCCUCCGUGCAGCCGUCCCUGUCUCCUGUCCGCUCUCGGGAUGCGUCUAGUCUGGAGAUGGCACUGGGCAUCCCCUUUGGUUCGAGACCCCUGGAGGUAGAGAGUGGGCUGCCAAGGAGCACGUCCAGUGGGGGCUCCUGGCCAUAUAGAUGCACUUUGUGCCCCUCCAGUCUGGCCCCCUUAGGGUGUGCAGGGCUCCAUGAGCCGAUACUAGCCCCGGGAUGCCUGAGCCCGGACACAGGCCACAGACCACUCUUGUGCCACCCACAGGGGCACAUGGGUCCUGAGUCCCAAACCACUCAGGGGCCUAGCAGAGAGCCGCCAUGACUUUGGCGGUCACAGGUUCAGGGCCAGCUGCAGCACCAGGCCGAGCACUGAGCGUGCUUCUGUGGCAGAGGCUA